AUGCUCUAGCUUUCCAGAGUCAAGAGUCUAUGGAGAGAGAGAGUGUGUUGGAAAGGAGAGAAAAUACAGGUUCAUCUUGUAUACUUAACUCUGUUAUGUCUUUUAUAAACAAAAGCCAAGAACCAAUUUGUGCAAGACCCAGUAGUGUUUGUAACCGAAAUCAAGAAAAUAAGGCUAGCCAUUAUAUCCCUCUUGACUCUUCUGCUAGUUUCUCAUCUUCUUUCUCAUCUGCUUUAUGAUUUUGCAGAUGCUCUCUUCUGUUUUUAGGAUGCUUUUAGUAUUCUUUCACAUGAUAUUAUUCAUUACUAGACUCUUUAAUACUCGGUAUCAACCUUGCAUUAUGUAAUUCUACUUUCUUAUUUGCUGUUACUUCAGUACUUGAAGAUCUUGUUGGUGGGCUCAGGCUAUACUCUUUUCUAAUUUGUAAGUUUCAGCUGUGUAUAUCAAAUUCUUCUUCGAUCAGAGAAAGAGGCAAAAUCACAGAUUCUUUUCUUUCUUUAAAACUUUUCUUUUCCAGUGUGUGCCCUCUCAAAUUCCUUGAAUUUUUUUCUAGGAAUCAGUCUUUUGUCAGAUUUGUUGGUUUAGAUAGGGAAACUCAUUCAUUUGGUACUGUUAUUAAAACUAUGGGUUUGUUCCAAUUUAGAUUCUUGUGUUUGUGUCUUUUCCUUGCGUUCAAAACCAGUAUUACUAGUUCUCAGUAUAUAGGCCAGAUAUAUCCUGGUUUCCAAGCAUCUCAUAUGGAUUGGAUAGAGAAAGAGGGGCUGUUCUUGCUAUCUAGGAACUCUACUUUUGGUUUUGGCUUCAGAACUUCCCUUGACGCUCAAUCUUAUUUACUAGUUGUCAUCAACUUGAAAAGUUCCAAAGAUGUAUGGACUGCUAAUAGAGGUUUGUUGAUCAGCGAUUCUGAUCACUUUGUGUUUGAAAAAAAUGGAAAUGUUUAUUUGCAGCGUGGAGAUGGUGUGGCUUGGUUCACAGGUACUGAAGGGCAAAGAGUUACUUCUAUGGAACUGAUGGACUCAGGUAACUUGGUGUUGCCUGGGGACAAUGGAAGUAUUCUUUGGCAGAGUUUUAGCUAUCCCAUAGAUGCUCUUUUACCGGGCCAGGACUUUGUAGAAGGAAUGAGACUUAAAAGUUUCCCAAACAAGAAUUACUUGUAUAAUUAUCUUGAAAUUAAGUCUGGCGAUUUGGUCUUGUAUGCAGGAUACAUAACUCCACAAGUAUACUGGUCCCUGGCAAAUGAAAGCCGGAAAACCAAUAAUAGGGUUAAUGGCAAGGUGCACUCCGCAUCUCUGGUUUCCAAUUCAUGGAAUUUCUAUGAUCAAAAUAGAGUCUUGCUCUGGCGGUUCAUAUUCUCUGAUAAUUCUGACCCACAUGCUAUGUGGGCUCUGACAUUAGGCUCUAAUGGGGCAAUUGGGUUCUAUAAUUUUGAAAAAGGAAAGUCAGUUAACCAUGAGGCAACUAAGAUACCACAAGAUUCCUGCAGCAUUCCAGAGCCGUGUGAGAGAUACUAUGUGUGCUAUUUUGACAAUAGGUGUCAAUGCCCAUCGCAACUCAAUACUCAUUUUGGUUGCAAACCUCCCGAGGCCUCAACCUGUAAUGGCUCCAAAAUUUCAGCUGAGCUUUUUUAUGUUGGUGAGAAGCUGGAUUAUUUUGCAUUUGGGUUCGUUACACCCUUCCUGAAAUCUAAUUUAAAUGCUUGCAAAGAAGCCUGUCUUGGAAACUGUCCUUGCAUUGUGCUGUUCUUUGAAAAUAGUACUGGAAGAUGCUUUCUGUUUGAUCAGGUAGGGAGCUUGACUCGCAGUCAGCCGGGUUCUUCAGGUUAUAUUUCAUAUAUGAAGGUGUCAGUGGGGGAGCGAAAUUCGGCCAGUAGUAGGAAUUUAGGGAAGGAAGCCCUAUUGAUUGCAAUCAUUGUUAUUGCAACAGUAGUGGCAAUUGCUUGUUUACUUUAUGUGGGAAUCUGGUAUCGCCGCAGAGGGAAGAAGUACUUGGAAUUUCAACAGCAAAACCAGGAUGGGGAUGAUUUCUGGGACAGUCUUCCUGGGAUGCCUGCUCGCUACAUCUUCAGUGAUCUCUGUAAAGCAACUAAAAACUUCUCUAUGAAGGUUGGACAAGGAGGGUUUGGCUCAGUCUACCUAGGUGUGCUGCCAAAUGGUACCCAGUUGGCUGUCAAAAAAUUGGAAGGCAUUGGACAGGGGAAGAAAGAGUUCAGGGCUGAAGUGAGUAUCAUCGGGAGCAUCCAUCAUGUCCAUCUGGUCAAGCUUAAAGGCUUCUGUGCUGAAGGGGCUCACCGGCUUCUUGUUUACGAGUUCAUGGGGAAAAGCUCUCUAGAUAAAUGGAUCUUCAAUAAUAAUAAAGAAAGUUCCUUGUUAGAUUGGAAUACAAGAUUCAAUAUCGCACUUGGUAUGGCAAAAGGUCUGGCUUAUCUCCAUGAGGAGUGUGAGGUGAAAAUAGUCCACUGUGACAUAAAACCUCAGAAUGUGCUUCUUGAUGAUAAUUUCACUGCCAAAGUUUCUGAUUUUGGUUUGGCAAAGCUAAUGAAUCGUGAAGACAGUCUUGUUUAUACUACAGUGAGGGGUACUAGAGGGUAUCUUGCACCAGAAUGGAUCAGCAACAGCCCUAUAUCAGAGAAGAGUGAUGUGUAUAGCUAUGGUAUAGUCUUGCUGGAGAUCAUUGGAGGCAGGAAGAACUACGAUUCAUCAGAAAGUUCAGAGAAAUCCCAUUUUCCUUCUUAUUCCUUCAAGAUGUUGGAAGAAGGAAGAUUGAGAGAAAUCAUUGAUCCAAAGCUGGACAUAAAUGAAAAUGAUGUGAGGGUUGUCACUGCAAUCAAAGUUGCAUUAUGGUGCAUUCAAGAAGAGAUGCAAUUGAGACCGCCUAUGACUAAAGUGGUCCAAAUGCUUGAAGGUCUCUGUGAUGUGCCGGACCCUCCAAUUUCUUCUCAAUCAGCUUCUCGCUCUAUGUCAAGUGUCAUCAAAUGGAACAGCAAAGAAUGUUCCUCUUCGGGCUUUGUUGAUGACACAAGUGAUGCAUUUCUCUCAGAUACUGGACUCUCAGGCCCUAGAUGACAGAAGCAAUCAUUACAAAGAUGCUUUUUAGCACAAAUUCAACCUUUGAAAGAUGAGAUGUUUCAUACAUUUUCUCCAUAUCAUUGUGAGCCACCAAACUCCAGGUGUUAGUGAUGCUUUUCUUUAUCCGUGUUCAUAUAGUUCUUAAGGCCUCAAUGCCUUCUCCACUCUCUCCAUGAAAAUUUUUUGAACAAGUUGCGAAAUUUUUGUUCUAAUUUAACCUGCAUAAUGAAACUCAAAGCCCUUGAGUCACUAGCCUUUUGGUUACAUUGCAGAUCAAAUUCUGCAAUCCCAUAGAUAGAAAUGGCUGUUGUAAGACACUGAUGUUUGAGUUGUUCUUGUAUUUUCAGCAGUUAGAUGGAGAAAUAUUAUGUUGACAUAAACACAUUUAUGUCAUUAGUA